GCGAACCCAAACACCCUUUCUAAUCUUCUUCCCUUUUUAUCCACGAUGGAAUCCUUGGGAGAAGAGCCAUGGGACGUAGUGAUCUGCGGCACAGGUUUGUCGCAGUCGCUACUGGCUCUAGCCCUCUCGAGAUCCAAGAAACGUAUCCUUCAUCUCGACCCGAAUGAUUUCUAUGGCGAGCAUGAAGCAGCUUUUAGUCUUCAAGAGGCGGACAAUUGGGCAGCCGCUAAUGCUGGAUUGACUACCGGGGAUGAGUCGACGAAGGAAACACAGAACAUCUUCAAGAACGCUAGCGUUUGGAAGCAUCCCGAAGCUGCAGACCAUGGUUUAUCCUUCCCUCGAGCAUAUUCACUUGCCCUAGCGCCUCAAAUCAUACACACCCGCUCUAAGUUAUUGGAGCAGCUAGUAUCAUCGAGAGCCUACAGACAAGUCGAGUUCUUAGCCGUCGGCUCGUUCUUUGUCUACGACGAAAAUGCCAGUCCGAAGCUAGCCCGAAUACCUAGCAGUCGCGAAGACGUAUUCGCUACGCGCUCCAUACCGGUCAAGUCGAAGCGGUCAUUGAUGAAAUUCCUCAAGUUCGUCAUCGAAUACGACUCUGAUGAACAGAAGUCGGUUUGGCAGGGUCAGGAGAGUAAACCGCUUUCAGAGUUCUUGGCGAGCGAAUUCAAGCUAGAUGAGAAUCUGCAAAAGUAUAUCCUCGCUCUCACUUUGACGCUAGAUGGCAAUGUGACGGUUGCAGAUGGUUUGGCUACUAUCCAUCGUCAUCUCACUUCCAUGGGCUUGUUUGGUCCUGGAUUCUGUGCCGUGUAUCCCAAGUGGGGUGGCUCCUCGGAGAUUGCGCAAGUGGCGUGCCGUGCUGGUGCCGUUGGUGGCGGCAUUUACAUGCUUGAUACCAAGGCUAAGGUCAAGGAUGGUUCUGAUGGCAAUGAAAUCACUCUUGACUUAUCAAACGAUCUGUCUGUUAAGACGACAAAACUGGUGAAGUCGCAAAGUGAGGCUGCGCCCGGCUCACAGACUAGCACGAGGUUGAUCGCAGUGGUCAACUCACCUCUACAGACUUUAUUUGAGGUCACCACAGAGGGUGGACCGAGCCCAGCAGUAGCCGUUGUAGCCUUUCCAGCUGGCUCAUCCACGGGUGCUGAAGACUCCACAUCUUCAAAUAAUCCGAUUUACGCGCUGGUACAUUCCAGCGAAACAGGAGAAUGUCCUGUUGGUCAAAGUGUAAUCUACUUGACCAGUCUCUCAACAUCUCAGUCCGCACAGCAGCUCGAGACAGCGUUAAACUCUCUUCUCGCUGCUGCUGCUCAUGCAAAGGGCUCAACGCCUAUUUGCUUGUAUAAAGUGCAAUACGAGCAAUCUCUGAGUGCGCGAGAACCGUCUUGCACAACAAAUGGGAGCGUUCGUACCUUCGCGUUUCCCUCUCGGUCUCUAAGCCUUGCGUUCGAUGAUAGUUGUCUAGCCGCAGUCAAAGACGCAUGGAAGCUAGUUAUGGGCGAUGAGACUCCAGAAGACGAGUACAUGAUCUUCGAAGACCGCGAGGGUAUGGCUGAAGAUGAUGACGCCUAUGAUUAAGUUGUCUAUAUGCAUUUAGGAGUUAGGUUGCGAAUUAGAAUGUAGGUAGCCAAGACAUCACACAAAUCAUAGGUAAUAAGAUUGAUAUACCAUUUGUAAAUCAUU